ACUGUAAAUGCAGCAUGAGCCAGUCGGCUGUGUCUGGUGAGCUGUGUGCUGAGGCUGACAGGGAUGUAGUCAAACCAAACGCCGUGCCACUGGAAACAUGCUCCACACUGGUCACUCUCUGGGUUUGUUUGUGGCAUCAGCGCUGAGAUUAGAGGUUCCUCCGAUAUCUGCCUGCUGAGUCUGGAGGAUCUGUGGAGGCUAAACCAGCUAGCCAGCAAGCACGCUAGCUAGUUAGCAUCUUAGCUGUGAUUCAGCCCCGUUCAACACAUCUCUGUUACACCGCAAUUCAAAAGAAUGACCUCAGCCUCCACCAAAGUUGGGGAGAUCUUUUCUGCAGCAGGAGCUGCCUUCACCAAACUAGGAGAGCUCACCAUGCAGCUCCACCCAGUUGCUGACUCCAGUCCUGCAGGAUCCCAACUCUGUCUCCCCCCCAGCGCUCAGAUGAAGAGCACGGUGAAAAGGAAGCUGUACGAGGAUGGUGGCGUGCCUGACCCCUCUGACGGGCCCAAGAAGGUUAUCAAGAAGGCUACCGCUGCCGUCGCCAUGGCAACCCAGGGUGCCCCGACCGUCAUCUCCGUGCCAACAGCUCAGGUUGUCAUGGCAACGGGGCUCCAGGGCCCCUCCUCCGGCCAGCCACCUAUGAAGAAGCAGAAGACUGCAGAUGUGACACUUAGUGCUCUGAAUGACUCAGAUGUCAACAGUGAUUUGGUCGACAUCGAGGGACUCGGUGAGGGUUCCAACUCCAAAAAACUCAACAAUUUUGAUCAAGAUAACCUGAAUUUAGACUCCAGUCUCAUCAUGAAUCCCAGUGACCUUCCUCUCCUCUCCCGUUAAUCUUUCACUUCCUGUGGUUGUCUUUGCUUGGGGGGUAUCCCGCUCUGUGGCUCUUGUUGUGCUGGGUCUAUCAGGGUUGUAUUUGGAUCAUGUAAAACUUUACUUUUUUCUACUUUAUUACUCUUGAUGUCAAUGUGUCCUUCCUUAGCUUUCACUUUCUGGAAAAGUCCAGAAAAUCUCACAUAUAAAGGACUGAUUUUAGUCAGCAACAAAGCUGUUCUGAGAUUCAUUCUUCUCGUUUUUAAAGAGAAUCCAGUGAUGCAGACAAACUUCUGGAGGUCUUGCAACAACUGCAUCUAGAAGAUAAAACACUCCUGUUCGGCCUUCCUUCCUCAUCCAGAUGCAUCUAUGUUGUAUAGAGAAAGCUCUAGAAAAUGAGAAGGCAGAUGUUUGCCUUCAGUAUGUAAAUAUUAGUAUUUAAUAGUAUUUUUUUUUUUUGUUUGUUUAAUUCAUGUUGACACAUUUUGCAAACUCAUUGUACUGCCAGAUGUUAACAUGAGCCAUGAGUGUAGUCCAAAAUAACACGAGAGCAGGUCAGUAUGAGCGAUGAUUUAUGUUUUGUAAGUAAAUUGUCGAAAUUCUUUCCUUCCUCGGAUCUUGAUAGAAAGUCUCCUGAAGGUUACAAGAUAGGGAAUUUUUUUAGACAGUCAAAACAAAAAAUUGUGUCCUUCAGUUUUGAAGAGUUGUAGUUUUAGGACCACAGUUGACUCUUGCCCAUCACAGUGUGGUAAGGUGCAACCACAUAACCAUGUUCUGUUCAAGCCACAAGCCUUUCAGCAUUUUGGAUUAACCACAAACAUGUUAGUGAUUAUUAACAUCUUGGGUAAAGGCCAGUCAAGUUAUUUGUGUCCUCUGAUUAAAAAUUCUGUUUGAUCUGCUGCCUUUAAAGGUGUACAACCCCAUGACAGACGUGGUUUGGUGGAGGCUUUGCUCUUAGAAAGGGAGUGACUGUGGAAUAGAUGCUCUAUUGAAUGCUGUUAAAUAAAACAGAUUUUUACAUUUUAAUAAAUCUGAUUUGGUCCAGGACUCUUUAAAUUAAAGUGCCAUUAGGGUUUUUCUCUUAAUGUAACUAAAUGCUGCUACUAUCG